AUGGAGCAGGACACCGCUGCAGUGGCAGCCGCCAGGGCAGCCUCGGAUGCGACCGCCAAGAUCGUGGUCGUGGAGGGUGAGCAGGGACCGUCCACCUCUCAGGAGGAGGGAGCGGCCGCCGCCGCCGCCGAAGCCACCGUGGCCACGGAGCAAAGCGAGGAGAAAAGCGUUUCUCCAUUUCAACUCAAAAUAGCUGCUAAAGUUUCUAAAUCUGAAAAGGAAAUGAACCCAGAAUAUGAAGAGAAAAUGAAAGCAGACCGAGUGAAGAGAUUUGAACUUUUACUGAAGCAGACAGAACUUUUUGCACAUUUCAUUCAACCUUCAGCACAGAAAUCUCCAACAUCUCCUCUAAACAUGAAAUUGGGACGCCCUCAAAUAAAGAAAGAGGACAAGCAGAGCUUAAUUUCUGCUGGAGACUACCGCCACAGGCGCACAGAGCAAGAGGAGGAUGAAGAGCUACUCUCAGAAAGUCGGAAGACUUCUAACGUGUGUGUUAGGUUUGAGGUGUCACCUUCAUAUGUGAAAGGAGGACUACUGAGAGAUUAUCAGAUUCGAGGACUGAACUGGUUGAUUUCUUUGUAUGAAAAUGGAAUCAAUGGCAUUUUGGCCGAUGAAAUGGGUCUUGGUAAGACUUUACAAACGAUUGCUUUGCUUGGUUACCUGAAACAUUACCGAAACAUUCCUGGACCUCACAUGGUUUUAGUUCCAAAGUCUACUUUACACAACUGGAUGAAUGAAUUUAAACGAUGGGUCCCAUCUCUUCGUGUUAUUUGUUUCGUCGGAGACAAGGAUGCGAGAGCUACUUUUAUUCGUGAUGAAAUGAUGCCAGGAGAGUGGGAUGUUUGUGUUACUUCUUAUGAGAUGGUUAUCAAAGAAAAAUCUGUAUUUAAAAAGUUUCAUUGGCGAUACCUAGUCAUUGAUGAGGCUCACAGAAUAAAAAAUGAAAAAUCUAAGCUUUCAGAGAUUGUUCGUGAAUUCAAGUCAACUGACCGCUUGCUCCUAACUGGAACACCUUUGCAGAAUAACCUGCAUGAACUCUGGGCCUUACUUAACUUUUUAUUGCCUGAUGCCUUUAAUUCUGCAGAGGACUUUGAUUCUUGGUUUGACACUAAAAACUGUCUUGGUGAUCAAAAACUCGUGGAAAGACUUCACGCAGUUUUAAAACCAUUUUUGUUACGUCGUAUAAAAACUGAUGUAGAGAAGAGCCUUCCUCCUAAAAAGGAAAUAAAGAUUUACUUGGGACUGAGUAAAAUGCAACGAGAAUGGUAUACAAAAAUCCUGAUGAAAGAUAUUGAUGUUUUAAACUCUGCUGGCAAGAUGGACAAGAUGCGACUAUUAAACAUUCUGAUGCAGCUACGAAAGUGUUGCAAUCAUCCUUACCUAUUUGAUGGUGCUGAACCUGGUCCACCUUAUACUACUGAUGAGCACAUUGUCAGCAACAGUGGUAAAAUGGUAGUUCUCGAUAAACUGUUGGCCAAACUCAAAGAACAGGGUUCAAGGGUCCUCAUUUUUAGCCAGAUGAUUCGCUUGCUGGACAUUUUGGAGGAUUAUUGUAUGUGGCGUGGUUAUGAGUAUUGUCGAUUGGAUGGACAAACCCCACAUGAAGAAAGAGAGGAUAAUUUCCUAGAAGUGGAAUUACUGGGUCAAAGGGAAGCAAUAGAGGCAUUUAAUGCUCCUAAUAGCAGCAAAUUCAUCUUUAUGCUGAGUACCAGGGCUGGAGGUCUCGGAAUUAACUUGGCCAGUGCUGAUGUGGUUAUACUGUAUGAUUCAGACUGGAAUCCACAGGUUGAUCUACAAGCUAUGGAUCGAGCACAUCGUAUUGGUCAGAAGAAGCCAGUACGUGUGUUCCGCCUCAUCACUGACAACACUGUUGAAGAAAGGAUUGUAGAAAGAGCUGAGAUAAAACUGAGACUUGACUCAAUUGUUAUACAACAAGGAAGACUCAUUGACCAACAGUCUAACAAGCUGGCCAAAGAGGAAAUGUUGCAAAUGAUACGUCAUGGAGCCACUCAUGUUUUUGCUUCCAAGGAAAGUGAGCUGACAGAUGAAGACAUUACAACUCUUUUGGAAAGAGGGGAAAAGAAGACCGCAGAGAUGAAUGAACGCUUGCAGAAAAUGGGAGAGUCUUCUCUGAGAAAUUUUAGAAUGGACACUGAACAAAGUUUGUACAAGUUUGAAGGAGAAGAUUAUAGAGAAAAACAGAAGCCCGGGAUGGUGGAAUGGAUUGAACCUCCUAAACGAGAACGCAAAGCAAACUAUGCAGUGGAUGCCUACUUUAGAGAGGCUUUACGUGUCAGCGAGCCAAAGGUUCCAAAGGCUCCACGACCUUCAAAACAGCCAAAUGUUCAGGAUUUUCAAUUUUUCCCACCACGUUUAUUUGAGCUCCUGGAAAAGGAAAUUCUUUAUUAUAGGAAGACAAUAGGCUAUAAGGUCCCAAGAAAUUCUGAUAUCCCAAAUCCAGCUGUGGCUCAAAGAGAGGAGCAAAAAAAGAUAGAUGGAGCUGACCCUCUUACAGCAGAGGAGAAUGAAGAAAAGGAAAAACUUCUCACACAAGGAUUCACAAACUGGACUAAGCGUGAUUUUAACCAAUUUGUUAAAGCUAAUGAGAAGUAUGGAAGAGAUGACAUUGAUAAUAUAGCUCGAGAGGUGGAGGGCAAAUCCCCUGAGGAGGUCAUGGAGUAUUCAGCUGUAUUUUGGGAACGUUGCAAUGAAUUACAGGACAUUGAGAAAAUUAUGGCUCAAAUUGAACGUGGUGAAGCAAGAAUUCAACGAAGGAUCAGUAUCAAGAAAGCUCUGGAUGCCAAAAUUGCAAGAUAUAAGGCUCCAUUUCAUCAGUUACGCAUUCAGUAUGGAACCAGCAAAGGAAAGAACUAUACUGAGGAAGAAGAUAGAUUCUUGAUUUGUAUGUUACACAAAAUGGGCUUUGAUAGAGAAAAUGUGUAUGAAGAAUUAAGACAAUGCGUACGGAAUGCUCCUCAGUUUAGAUUUGACUGGUUUAUCAAGUCUAGAACUGCCAUGGAGUUCCAGAGACGCUGUAAUACUCUGAUUUCACUGAUUGAGAAAGAAAAUAUGGAAAUUGAGGAAAGAGAGAGAGCAGAAAAGAAGAAACGCACAACUAAAACUCCAAUGUCACAGAAAAGAAAAGCAGAGUCAGCUACUGAGAGCUCUGGAAAGAAGGAUGUCAAGAAGGUGAAAUCCUAA